UGUCAGCGCACGGGGACCGCACUCAUUGAAAGCUGCAUUAUCGCGGAUAUGAAAUAAUGCAGAUAUGUUUAUAGACUACGCUUAAAAUGAAUGUGCUUCGUUUAUCCAUAGCCGAGGUGUCCCGGGCAUUGAGGGAGGGUCAGCUCUCCCCCACAGAGCUUUGCCGAAAAUGCCUGAACCGCAUCAAGAGAACUCGCCACCUCAACGCUUACAUAACUGUGACAGAGGAGGCAGCCAUGAAACAAGCGGAGGAGGCAGAGAUGCGACUACAGAAUGGCACUCCAAAGGGUCCACUGGACGGUAUACCAUUUGCGGUGAAGGACAACUUUUGCACUGAGAACAUCCUGACCACGUGUGCCUCAAAGAUGUUAGGAGGCUAUGUUCCUCCAUUCAAUGCCACAGUAGUACAGAAGCUGCUGGACCAGGGAGCUGUCCUCGUAGGCAAGACAAACUUGGAUGAAUUUGCCAUGGGAGCGGGCAGCACGGAUGGUGCGUUUGGGCCGGUGCGGAACCCCUGGAGUGAUGCAGAGACCUACAGGCAGCACGGGGGGCCAGAGGCCCAGACUGACUGGGUCAUCACUGGGGGCAGCUCUGGAGGAAGUGCAGCCGCAGUGGCAUCACUUAGCAGCUUCUUUUCUCUGGGCUCAGACACAGGUGGCUCCACACGUAACCCCGGUGCGCUGUGUGGGUUGGUGGCCGUGAAGCCCACCUAUGGCCUGCUGUCGCGUCACGGCCUCAUCCCGCUGGUCAACUCCAUGGACGUACCGGGAAUCAUGGCCCGCACUGCCCGCGACGCAGCCACAGUCCUGGGUAUCCUCCAAGGGCAGGAUAUGCUGGAUGCAACCACCAUCCCAAGCCUGCCUGGGCAACCUGACCUGCCUGAGGACUUUGACAUCAAACAAAUCACAGUAGGAAUCCCACAGGAGUACCAUGCGCCGGGGCUGUCCCCUGAGGUGCUGGGCCAGUGGUGCCGCGUGGCGGGCUUGUUUGAGGAGGCGGGGGUGCAGGUGAAGCCCGUCUCCCUACCCCACACCCAGUUCUCCAUCGUCUGCUACCACGUCCUCUGCUGCUGCGAGGUGGCCUCCAACAUGGCACGCUUCGACGGACUGGAAUAUGGCCACCGUAGCCCCGUGGCCUCCUCCACUGAGGCCCUGUACGCCGCCACCCGGCACGAGGGCUUCAAUCACGUGGUGCGCCGCAGGAUCCUUUCCGGGAACUACUUCCUGCUCAAACAGAACUACGAGCGCUACUUUGUGAAGGCGCAGCAGGUGCGGCGUCUUAUUGCCGAUGACUUCAGCAAGGUGUUUGGCUCCGGGGUGGACGUGCUGCUGACGCCCACCACCCUGAGUGACGCGGCCAGCUACAGGGACUUCAUGCAGGAGGACAACCGCACACGCAGCGCCCAGGAGGACGUCUUCACGCAGCCCGCCAACAUGGCCGGUCUCCCGGCGGUCACCUUGCCGACAGCGCUGUCGUCGCGAGGACUCCCCAUAGGCCUGCAGCUGAUUGGCCGGCCGCUGCAGGACAGGAAGCUGCUGGCUGUGGCCCACUGGAUGGAGCAGCGGCUGGGCUUCCCUCAUAUCCGUUUCCAUGGCGACCACCAGGAGCAGGAGACCACCUCAACGACAGAAGAGAGAGAGGAGGGCACCACUGCAGUUGGUGCAUGAGGAGAGAGAGAGAGAGAGAGAGAGAGAGAGAGAG